CGAGGGCGGGGCCCAGCGCGGCCGCAGCGGAGCGGAGCGGGGCAGAGCAUCCUGCGCCCCGGCGCGGGCCACCGCAGUAGCCUCGGGCCGCUCCCCUAGACCUGCCGCAGACCCAACGCGGACAACAGAAACUGCCACCAUGACCACCCACGUCACCCUGGAAGAUGCCCUGUCCAAUGUGGACCUGCUGGAAGAGCUGCCCCUCCCUGACCAGCAGCCAUGCAUCGAACCCCCGCCUUCCUCCAUCAUGUACCAGGCUAACUUUGACACAAACUUCGAGGACAGGAAUGCGUUUGUCACAGGCAUUGCAAGGUACAUUGAGCAGGCUACAGUCCACUCCAGCAUGAAUGAAAUGCUGGAGGAAGGGCACGAGUAUGCGGUCAUGCUAUACACCUGGCGCAGCUGUUCCCGGGCCAUCCCCCAGGUGAAAUGCAACGAGCAGCCCAACCGAGUGGAGAUCUAUGAGAAGACAGUGGAGGUGCUGGAGCCGGAGGUCACUAAGCUCAUGAAGUUCAUGUACUUUCAGCGCAAGGCCAUCGAACGCUUCUGCAGUGAGGUGAAACGGCUGUGCCACGCUGAGCGGAGGAAAGACUUUGUCUCCGAGGCCUACCUCCUGACCCUGGGCAAGUUCAUCAACAUGUUUGCAGUCUUGGACGAGCUGAAGAAUAUGAAAUGCAGCGUCAAGAACGAUCACUCUGCCUACAAGAGGGCGGCACAGUUCCUGAGGAAGAUGGCGGACCCCCAGUCUAUCCAGGAGUCACAGAACCUGUCCAUGUUCCUGGCCAACCACAACAGGAUCACCCAGUGUCUCCACCAGCAACUGGAAGUGAUCCCAGGCUAUGAGGAGCUGCUGGCCGACAUUGUCAACAUCUGUGUGGAUUACUACGAGAACAAGAUGUAUCUGACCCCCAGUGAGAAGCACAUGCUCCUCAAGGUAAUGGGUUUUGGUCUCUACCUGAUGGAUGGAAAUGUCAGUAACAUUUACAAACUGGAUGCCAAGAAGAGGAUCAACCUCAGCAAAAUCGAUAAGUUCUUUAAGCAGCUGCAGGUGGUGCCCCUUUUCGGCGACAUGCAGAUAGAGCUGGCCAGAUACAUUAAGACCAGUGCUCACUAUGAAGAGAACAAGUCCAAGUGGACGUGCACCCAGAGCAGCAUCAGCCCCCAGUACAAUAUCUGCGAGCAAAUGGUUCAGAUCCGGGAUGACCACAUCCGCUUUAUCUCCGAACUCGCUCGCUACAGCAACAGUGAGGUGGUGACGGGCUCCGGGCUGGACAGCCAGAAGUCGGACGAGGAGUACCGCGAACUCUUUGAUCUGGCCCUGCGGGGCCUGCAGCUCUUGUCCAAGUGGAGCGCCCACGUCAUGGAGGUGUACUCCUGGAAGCUUGUUCACCCCACGGACAAGUUCUGCAACAAGGACUGCCCGGGCACGGCCGAGGAGUAUGAGCGAGCCACCCGCUACAACUACACCAGUGAGGAGAAGUUUGCCUUUGUCGAGGUGAUCGCCAUGAUCAAAGGCCUGCAGGUGCUCAUGGGCAGGAUGGAGAGCGUCUUCAACCAGGCCAUCAGGAACACCAUCUACGCAGCCCUGCAGGACUUUGCCCAGGUGACCCUGCGUGAACCCCUCAGGCAGGCAGUGCGCAAGAAGAAGAAUGUCCUCAUCAGUGUCCUACAGGCAAUUCGGAAAACCAUCUGUGACUGGGAGGGAGGCCGAGAGCCCCCCAAUGACCCGUGCUUGAGAGGGGAGAAGGACCCCAAAGGUGGAUUUGACAUCAAGGUGCCCCGACGUGCCGUGGGGCCCUCCAGCACACAGCUGUACAUGGUGCGGACCAUGCUUGAGUCGCUCAUCGCAGACAAAAGUGGCUCCAAGAAGACCCUGCGGAGCAGCCUGGAUGGACCCAUCGUCCUCGCCAUAGAGGACUUCCACAAGCAGUCCUUCUUCUUCACCCACCUGCUCAACAUCAGCGAAGCCCUGCAGCAGUGUUGCGACCUCUCCCAGCUCUGGUUCCGAGAAUUCUUCCUGGAAUUAACCAUGGGCCGGCGAAUCCAGUUCCCUAUUGAGAUGUCCAUGCCCUGGAUUCUAACAGACCAUAUCCUGGAAACCAAAGAACCUUCCAUGAUGGAAUACGUCCUCUACCCUUUGGAUCUGUACAACGACAGCGCCUACUAUGCUCUGACUAAGUUUAAAAAGCAGUUCCUGUACGAUGAGAUCGAAGCUGAGGUGAACCUGUGUUUUGAUCAGUUUGUCUACAAGCUGGCGGACCAGAUCUUUGCUUACUACAAAGCAAUGGCUGGCAGUGUCCUGUUGGAUAAACGUUUUAGGGCUGAAUGUAAGAAUUAUGGAGUCAUCAUUCCAUACCCACCAUCCAACCGCUACGAAACGCUGUUGAAGCAGAGACACGUCCAGCUGUUGGGUAGAUCAAUUGACUUGAACAGACUCAUUACCCAGCGCAUCUCUGCCGCCAUGUAUAAAUCCUUGGACCAGGCCAUCAGCCGCUUUGAGAGUGAGGACCUGACCUCCAUCGUGGAGCUGGAGUGGCUGCUGGAGAUCAAUCGGCUCACACACCGGCUGCUCUGUAAGCACAUGACCCUGGACAGCUUCGAUGCCAUGUUCCGGGAGGCCAAUCACAACGUGUCUGCCCCCUACGGCCGCAUCACCCUGCACGUCUUCUGGGAGCUGAACUUCGACUUCCUCCCCAACUACUGCUACAAUGGGUCCACCAACCGUUUUGUCCGAACUGCCAUUCCUUUCACCCAAGAACCGCAAAGAGAUAAACCCGCCAACGUCCAGCCUUAUUACCUCUAUGGGUCCAAGCCUCUCAACAUUGCCUACAGCCACAUCUACAGCUCCUAUAGGAACUUCGUGGGACCCCCUCAUUUCAAGACCAUCUGCAGACUCCUGGGUUACCAGGGCAUCGCUGUGGUCAUGGAGGAACUGCUGAAGAUCGUCAAGAGCUUGCUCCAAGGGACCAUUCUCCAAUAUGUGAAAACACUGAUCGAGGUCAUGCCCAAGAUAUGCCGCCUGCCCCGGCAUGAGUACGGCUCCCCAGGGAUCCUGGAGUUCUUCCACCACCAGCUGAAGGACAUCAUCGAGUAUGCAGAGCUCAAAACCGACGUGUUCCAGAGUCUGAGGGAGGUGGGAAACGCCAUCCUGUUCUGCCUGCUUAUCGAGCAAGCUCUGUCUCAGGAGGAAGUCUGUGAUUUGCUCCAUGCUGCACCCUUCCAAAACAUCUUGCCUAGAGUCUACAUCAAAGAGGGGGAGCGUUUGGAGGUCCGGAUGAAACGCCUGGAAGCCAAGUACGCACCACUUCACCUGGUCCCUCUGAUAGAGCGGCUGGGGACCCCUCAGCAAAUCGCCAUCGCUCGGGAGGGCGACCUCCUGACCAAGGAGCGGCUGUGCUGCGGCCUGUCCAUGUUCGAGGUCAUCCUGACCCGCAUCCGGAGCUACCUGCAGGACCCCAUCUGGCGGGGCCCCCCGCCCACCAACGGCGUCAUGCACGUCGACGAGUGCGUGGAGUUCCACCGGCUGUGGAGUGCCAUGCAGUUCGUCUACUGCAUCCCCGUGGGGACCAACGAGUUCACAGCUGAGCAGUGUUUUGGAGAUGGCCUGAACUGGGCUGGCUGCUCCAUCAUCGUCCUGCUGGGCCAGCAGCGUCGCUUCGACCUGUUCGACUUCUGUUACCACCUGCUGAAAGUACAGAGGCAGGACGGGAAGGAUGAAAUCAUUAAGAAUGUGCCCCUGAAGAAGAUGGCAGACAGGAUCAGGAAGUACCAGAUCUUGAACAAUGAGGUUUUUGCCAUCCUGAACAAGUACAUGAAGUCCGUGGAGACGGACAGUUCCACCGUGGAACAUGUGCGCUGCUUCCAACCACCCAUCCACCAGUCCCUGGCCACCACCUGCUAGGCGGAAGGUCCUGCAAACCCUCGACCUGGAGGACAAGCAGGAGAGAGAAAGCCACAACCAGCCUGCAACAGGGUCUGACUGGACAGUGUGUGGGAUGGACCUGGAAGGAAACAAGAACCUCCCCAAACACAUCUGCACCUCCUGAGGGCUGGGCCUGUGCAUGCUCUCCCACAACAUCUCCAUGGUGGUUUCUCCAUAGUGUAAAUGAAAAAAAAAAAAGAAAAGAAAAGAGAAAGAAAAGAAAAGAAACAGGGCAGUAUAUGCUUUUUUCUUUUUUACUUUUUUUUCCCUCAGCUGUGUUAAGAGCCCUAGUUUUACCCUUUCUCCAUCUCGUGGUCCCCUACAUCUGUGGUUGCUUCCCAAGACCUCCUCCUCAGAUGGAGACCUCCAACCCACUGCCCACGUGCCACCCCAGGACUGAAGUCUUAGAGAUGGAGAAAAGAGUGUGGUGAUGCCCCAAGAUGUCAGCCUGGCCAUGCUCCCACUUCCUAGCAUCUUCACCUCCUCUGGCUCCCUCCCUCCACUUCCCAAGAUGGCAUCUUCUUCUGUUCUGGACGCCAGGGAUUCUACCACCAAGAAUACUCCUGGACCAGGUGCUGAGAGCCAUGGUGAAUGGGAGACGAGGUUCCUGGUAUAGGUACCAUGGUAGAUGGUGUUGUGGUGUUGCCUUUGACCUUCCACGGACUUCCAAAACCACAUCCUGACUCCCCUCUCAGGGCACUCCUAGAGAGAAUUCAGAAAGGCAUUCACAACUGGAAUGGGUGAGUAGAAUUGGGGUAAGAAGAUGGUCAGUAUUUAAGAACACAGCCAGGGAUCCCAUAGUCCAAAACAGAAAGCCAUUAGACCAUCUCAUCAGCUUGGUGCUGAGAGGGUCCUUUAUUCAUUGAGCAAAUGCUUAGUGAGCACCAAGUUGCACAGGGUAAUGGACACUGGGGCUACAGCUUUGAACAGGCCAGGCAUGCACUGCCCACAGCAUUAGCCAGCGACCAAAUUAGGGGCCACUUCUUGGCACAGAAUCUCUCGUCAAGGAAAACUGUCACAAGAAAGAAAAUAUUAAAGGGUUAUUUUAAUAGAAGCCAGAAACAUCUCGGGGUCAAGGAGGUAAGGAAUGUAAAUAAUACUUGUCAACGAGCUUUUAAUACCAA